CAACAUCGAUUAUUCAUGUCUAGCCUGAACACACAGCCCGGACACGUAGGUCAAGACGCUUCAGCCAGCUCCUUGCGCUUCCAAAAGCUCUGGGAGGACGCUCUCAAGAAGUACAAUGGUGUCACGGGCUCGGACCUCCGUCGCUCCCCUCUCUUCAACAAAAUGCUCGCCGCGAACUCCGCCGAGGAAGUCGUUCGCAUUCUGGAAGAACACAAGAAAGGCUUCAAGGCUUUUCGCGCCCAUGGCGAGAACGCUCGAGCUGUUAUAGGACCGGUCUUUACCUUGACGAAGCUGUUCGUCGAUGCCGGUGGCGAGAUAACUGCGGCUUCGAGCGCGGUGCCCGGCGGCUCGGCUAUUUUCGCGGCGUUCGGGGUCUUCCUAGAGGCAGUGGAGAAGGUUAGCCAGCGCUUUGAUGAACUUGAGGGACUUCUGUCGAGGCUCGGAGGAGUCCUCGGCCGCCUUCACAACCACCUGCAAUUACGCUCGAUGCUCAGCAUCGAGCUGGAAGACAUCUUCGUCGGCGCACUCGUUCAGCUGCUCAAUGUGCUCGCUAUCUGCACGAAAUAUGUCAAGAAACGAUCGUCAUCUCGUAUGGCGUUCUUCAUGCGCACGAAGGACUACGGUCGAGCUCUCCUUGGUGACACGGAUGUGAAGAAUGCGCUUGAGAAGCUAGACGAGCUGACGAGGGAGGAACUUCUGGCCAAUACGGCUCAAACCCUUGAUGUGGCGCAAGGCAUAGCUGACAAGGUCGAGCUGAUCAGCGGUGGCGUUGUGGGACUAAGCGACGGUUUUAAGGCUGUGCAUGAUGAUCUAGCAGAUCUGCGAGGCAUUGAAGCCAAAGUUUUUGAUCUGCAUCUCGACAAGGACAUUUGUGAUUGGCUAGCUCCUCCUGAUCCAAGUCAAAAUCAUGAGGAGCGACAAACUUCACAUUUGGCUGGCACUUGCACAUGGUUCUUCGAUAGCAAGUUUGAGGAGUGGAAAAAUAGUAGAAAUGGUGUGUACUGGAUCCAUGGCAAUACUGGAACAGGGAAGAGUGUUCUUUGCUCAUCUAUCAUUGAACAUAUCUCCUCCAUCUCCUGGCCUGCACAUGGCCUACUUCUACUUUGAUUACCGCCGCACUGAGAUGCAGACCAUAACUGGCCUGUUGGCCUCUCUCAUUUACCAACUUGCUAUUUGCUCUGAACAGUGUCACCAAGUCCUGAUGAAGUUCCGUGCAGAGAACAGGGCCAAGCUCAGCCCUACCAGGGAGCUUCUUAUUGACUGCCUAGAGCAGAUCCUCCAGGCUUCCACCAGUGGAGUGGUUAUCAUCAUUGAUGCUCUUGAUGAGUGUCCACACUC